AAUUGUAAAUUAGUGGCUUAUUUGUUACUCAGUAUUACAGUCUGAUGAUAUUUAUUUUUACUUGUAAGUGAAAUGACUUAGAUUAAAACUCGUGGAUGACGAAUUCGAUAUCAAAUUAAGUCGUUCAUUGUGUAGCCUAACCGAACUCCUCCCUCCUUUUAGUGUAAAAUAUAUCACUAUACUAAAAAAAUUUGUGGCUUAUUUUUGUCAUUAUCUUUAAUUGGUCACUUUCUUCAUUAAAAAAAGUUUAUAAGAAACUUCAUUAAUCUAUUUAAAUUUGACGUAUAGUUAUAUAAAAAAAAUGGUAUUUAAAACUUAUGGGUACAUUUGAAAAUAAACAUACCAACUUUUAGUACGUUUAGAUUCUAAAUGUACCGUGAAACAAAAUGUAUCAGAAAUUCAAAUGUGCCAUAAAAUCGAAAGCACCCAUAUUAUAGGUUAUCAAACAUACCAAUACAAUCAAACAUACCUUUAAUAAAAUUAUAGAAAAAAAUGUUUAAUUAAGUUCUUAAAAGAAACAGAUGCUUAAUCAACAAAAUUGUAAAAUGGGGCGCCUAUUUCAAAACAUCCCACCCGAUUAAACAAAUUCGUAAGCUCCACAUUAUCCAUGAUUGUUAGUUAUUAAUUAAACCAAUUUAACCAAAAAAAAAAGAAAGAAAAAGAAGAGACAUUUGUCUUGUUACAUUAUCCUUGACAAUCAAAGCAUAGCACGUAAUAGAAUAGAUUCUUGCAGCCCAUAUUUUUCUUUUUGCACACACUUAUUUAUUACUAUCCGUUGAUUCUCAUUCGAUCCAAAGGCCAUAAAUAAACAAGGUCUGCAUUAAAAAAAAAAAAAAGAGUGUAAAAACAACUUCCCAAAUGUUAUUUGCACCCAAAAGUUGACAGAAACCCCCAAAAGUUGAAAGAAAAUGGCGGAAUCGAAGCAGGAGGAGCAAGCGCCUUCUUACAAGAAGCAGCUGAUGGUGUCUUCAGCUGCAGCCCUUGGUGGUGCAGCUGCCGCGGUGGAUAUGGAUGCUGGUUUGGCAGAGGAUGCUGAUGCAGACCUUGGUGGUGAUGAAGGCGUUGUCAUAGACAAUGAUGACGACGGAUCGGAAGCAGACGAUGAAGUUGAAGGUGACGUUGGAGACGGCAACAAUGACGAUGAUGGCGGUGGACACGUACAAAUCCGAAGGAUCACGUACGAUUUGGACGUUCCUGUGUCUCGCGUUGAUCCACUCGGACAGCCUAAUGCUGGUGCAUUGCACCAGCUUGUGCUUAAUGAGUUGUCCCUCCACCCGCUUCCCGGCAUUGAUGUCCCUGAUGGAGGAUAUGGUGUCACGUACGUUCUCCAAGCCGGCAAUGAACAACAAAGAAUGGAUCUCCAAGGCUUGCAGAAUGUUCAAAAUCCUCCCUGGAUCAACCUGGCCGGAUUUAUAGUCUCUGUUGAAGCUAGAGACUUGUUUCUCCCCAAAUUCAUACCAGUUUCCAUGCUUACCCCAAAUGGAGAUGCACUGCCCAUGGGAACAUUUGACAUCCGUGGUUGCGAGGAUGAAGUUGAUUUGAUGUUAGAUGUGGCUCAAUUGGUGAAUCCCGUUGUUAUAGACAACACAGAAUAUAGGGUUAAUUUGCCAAAUUAUCCAGAUUCCAUUCUAAAUCAUGGCGAUAUUGGUGAAGCAUAUUGGCCCCUUGUAGUCCAAGGGCUGUUGAGAGUUGUGGUCUUCUUGCCGGUUAACGACGACCACGAUGACCCUCCCUCCGAUGAGAGCGUAGUUGAGGACUAAGCAUUAGGGAUUAAAGAUUACAAAAGAUGUUAAGACUUUCAAGUUUGUAAUGAUGGAUGAUAUAAUAGGAUACUGUUUGAGUUCAA